UCGUGGCAGAAAGUGCGUGGAUGCUGGCUUCCCUCUCCAGCAUAAUAUGUGACUAGUCCCACAGUGGGGCGAGUGAUAGGGCGGCAAGGCGGCUGAAAAAAACGGGGUUUAGAGCCGCUGCGAAAUGGCUGGACAGCAGUUUCAGUACGACGACAGUGGCAACACCUUUUUCUAUUUCCUCACGUCCUUUGUGGGAUUAAUAGUAAUCCCAGCCACCUAUUACCUCUGGCCCCGGGAUCAGAAUGCGGAGCAGUUAAGGUUGAAGAGUUUACGACGAGUUCAUGGAAGAUGUCUGUGGUAUCGCCUUCGGCAUAUGAAAUCACAGCAGAGCAUUGUUCCAACACUUAAAAAAGCAGCCCUGCUGUUUGGGUGGGCAAUAUUUCUUUUCCUGGCCUAUAAGGUGUCUAAAUUAGAUCGAGAGUACCAGGAGUAUAACCCCUAUGAGGUCCUCCACUUGGAAGCAGGAGUGUCUAUUGCUGAGAUUAAGAAACAGUACAGAGUGCUGUCUCUGAAACACCAUCCUGAUAAAGGUGGAGAUGAGGCCAUGUUCAUGAAGCUUGCUAAAGCUUACUCGGCUUUAACUAAUGAGGAAGCACGGGAUAACUGGGAGAAGUAUGGCAACCCUGAUGGCCCAAGAGUGACAAGUUUUGGAAUCGCUCUUCCUGCGUGGAUUGUUGACCAGAAAAAUUCCAUGCUGGUUCUGCUGGUCUAUGGGUUGGCUUUUAUGGUUAUCCUUCCUGUGGUUGUGGGCACAUGGUGGUACCGCUCCAUCCGCUACAGUGGUGAUCAGAUCCUCAUCAACACAACACAGCUUUUCAUGCACUUUAUGUACAAAACACCUACAAUGAACAUGAAACGAUUGGUGAUGGUUUUGACGGCAGCAUUUGAAUUUGAUCCUCGUAGUAACAAAGAGGCCAUCAUAAGACCAACAGACAACAUAGAAGUUCCACAGUUAAUUCGGGAGCUGGGGAACAUUAAUGUGAAGAAGAAGGAGCCUCCGUUCUGCUAUCCCUACAGCCUGAAGGCUCGAGUCUUAUUACUUACACACCUUGCCAGGAUGGAUGUUUCUGAGAACAUAGAGGAGGAUCAAAGGUUUGUGAUGAAGAAGUGCCCUGCUUUACUACAGGAAAUGAUCAAUGUUGGCUGUCAACUUACUAUGAUGGCAACCAGUAGAGGAGGGCUUCGGGCUCCCAGGUUGACGUCCAUAGAGAACUGCAUGAAGUUGUCUCAGAUGGUAGUUCAAGGACUGCAGGAGGCCAAGUCUCCUCUGCUGCAGCUGCCCCAUUUUGAAGAGGAACACCUCCGAUACUGUAUCUCUAAGAAGUAUAAGGUACGGACAUUGCAGGAUCUGGUCAGUCUGAAGGACUCUGACAGGAGAAACAUGCUGAGAUUCCUGGGGGAGGAGAAGUAUGAUGAGGUCAUGGCGGUCCUCGGGAGCAUUCCCUAUAUCAACAUGGAAACCAAACUUCAAGUGUUGGAUGAUGAAGAUAGCAAUAACGUCACGGCAGGAUCCAUUGUCACAGUUACCGUCACCUUGAGGAGGAAGAGAAUGUCUGAGAUGUUUGAGAAAGAGGAUGCACCGCUACCUACAGAGGAAACUAAUGCAGAGGAGCAAGGUGAUGCCAAAAACAAAAAAGUUUGGCAAAAUAAGAAUAAAGGAGCUAAAAAAGCUGCCAAGUCCAAAAAGAAGAAACUGACUAAGAAGAAACCAGUCACCCAACAGCAAGCAAAGGGAGACAAGGCCAAACACCCCAAUGGCAAUGUGGCAGGAAAUGAUGUUGCUUCUGCAUCAAAAAUGGAAGAGGACGAUCUCUCUGAUAAAGGCAGUGAAUCAGAUGAAGCAGAGGGAAAUAAGGACUCUCCCAGCGAGAGAGAUGAGGAGAGUGACAAGCAGAGUGACACUGAGGUGGAUGAGAUUGCCGGAGAUGACGAGGAGGAAUGGGAGGCACUACAACAGAGCAUUCAGCGCCGUGAAAGGGCACUAUUGGAGACCAAGUCUAAGGUCACACAUCCUGUCUACAGCUUGUACUUCCCUGAGGAGAAGCAGGAGUGGUGGUGGCUCUACAUUGCAGAUAGGAAGGAACAGACGCUGGUGUCUAUGCCCAACCACGUCUGCACACUCAAAGACACAGAGGAGGUUGAACUGAAAUUCCCUGCUCCAUCCAAAACCGGAAACUAUCAAUAUUCUGUGAUUCUCAGAUCAGAUUCAUUCAUGGGAUUAGAUCAGAUCAAGCCACUCAAGUUGGAGGUUCAUGAGGCGAAGGCCAUGAUGGAUAACCACCCUCAGUGGGAUAUCCCAGAAACCGAGGAAGAGGAGGAUGACCAGGAGGACAGUGAUGGCAUUGAGGAAUCUGAAGAAGAUGAAGAAGACAAUGACUAAACCAGUCAUUUCAUGCAAACUUGAGCACAGCUCAUACACCCAUGUGCCCACUCAUGCACACACACACACACACACGCUCCUAUACACCCACAUAGCCCCAGACCAUUGACGUCUUCUGGGCCGCCACACACCGGAGGCAAACAGGAGGCAAGGACGUUGAUGCCCCAUGUUCCUGUUUAAAACACUCAUGAAUCACAAAUCUGUCCUCCAAUCAAAUUUCACCAAUCAAAAUAAGACCUAAGGAACUGUUGGUUAUCUUUCCCUGCGUUCAUCCAGUCGUUAUUGGUGGGCUGUGACAGUGGUUAUUUGUGGGGUCCAGCUGUGUUUCAGAUUCCUCUCCGCUUGACGAAAAAGAUGUCUGACCAACCAGUGCAUCGGAAAAAUAAAACCCAGAGUACCGCUGUAAAAUCACACACCUCAUGACUGUCAUUUUUCAAUAUCACUGUUUAUGCUUCAAGGGUGUUUCCUACCUUAUCAUUUUGUAGUUUUAUGUAGUUUAUUAGAUAACAGAUUUACCAGGUGUUUCCACUUUUUACGAGGCUGUGUGAUGUGUAAUCUGGAGUGAGCAUGAACCACAAGGAUGUGGAUGUGCGUUCUGAGUUUGAGCAGGAAUUAUGGGGUGAAGGGUACUUGCACCGCUGUGGGUUGCAUCUCAAUUCGUUUUCAUGGUCAUGAAGUGCGGAAGUCCAAUACAUUUAUAAAUCUCACCUAUUGUAACGACUUCCAGCUUCUCUUCGCAAGCACAGGUUGUCUCAGCCUCACGAAAAAAAGACUGCAGACAUUCCACACCCAGGUCUAUGAUUUAGUCCUGAUUUAACUCCUAACGUCGCUUUACGUAGAACUGCUGUCCCUCUGUUCCACAAAAUAAGCAAGCUGAUAUCAGACUGAUUUCUUGGCACUAUGAAAUAACAUGGGCUUUUUUUUUUUUUUUUAAGUCUUUCUAGAACAAUUCAAGUUUUGGAUUUUUUCCCCCCUGCUCUAUUCAUCCCACUGACUUUUUAAACAGUAAACUGGAAAUUUCCCACUGUUGCUGACUACAGUUGUGACAAAGAGACUGUGUUUAUAGACUGAACAAGUGCAAGCCUUUUUUCCAUCAGUUACACUAAUCUCUUGGCCAUGGUGCAGCAAAAGAUGGUUGGGUGUCGGGUGUCUUUUUGAACCUAAAAAUGAUCAAAUUACUUUUUUUUU